AUGAGUCCGGGUACAGUGCGUGGUGUGCUGGCGCGGCGGCUGCCCUGGCCAAGUGUGGGAAAGUAUUUCCUUGCCGGGACAGGCCGUGGACGUCAUGGCGCGCUGGAGGGGUCAGAGCGGGCGAACGACAAGGCGCGGGUGUGUGCAUGGAACAAAGAGUGGACGUGGUGGCCGUUUGCAGGGCUGUUGUUUCCCGACGACGAGCUCGGCGAUGGGAGCAAAGGAGCGAGGCGUGGAGGAGGACCCGAGGGAGCGGGAAGCCUUACCGUCGACUUGGGCCCGAAGUCUCAGGCUGUGGCAAUAGGCGGCCAUUGCUUGCAUUACGACCUCAUCGUCGUCGUCGUCGUCGUCGUCGUCGCCGUCGCCGUCGCCACCGUCGAGCCCCUCGCCGUUGCGGCCGUCGUCGAGCCCUGUCUACACGGCCAUCCCUCGACGUCGCCGACGUUCUACUUGUGCGCGCAACAGCACCUUCUGUCGUCGUCGACUGCCCGACGCGUCGCAGGCCUUGCCCUUGUCCUGGCACCGACCCCUCACCGUCCAGACGACAUCCCCGCUUGCCCCCCACACAACACUCUAGCCAUGAUUCAAAUGACAGACGCUCGUCGUAGAAGCACCGCCGUCACGCUUCAUAGACAGACCGUGACCCUCGACUCGGACGGUCCACCAGCUUGGGGCACCUGGUUCAACAGAAAAUUCUACUCUCUGGAGAUGGUCCAGCAGCCCAUCAGAGCCCGAAUGUGCGGCUUCGGCGACAAGGAUCGACGUCCACUAGCGCCAGCUGCAGUAGCGAGAAUGGUCGUCAGGAACGAAGAUAACAGUCCGGUAGACGAAGACGAUGUGGAUUGUUCCUUCUUUCUGGUCACGGCAGACCUGUGGUCUUCGGACGGAAAACAUGAAAUGAACCUAGUCCUCCACCCCACGUCUUCAGACCGCUAUAUUACAACACAUGCCCCUAAAAGGCGACGAACGAACGCGCCCUCGACUUCGAUCCAUCCACCAGGUGAUCACGCAAACCCGACCCCUUCGACGUCAUCACCCAUCACCCCAAAGUUUACCUCGAGACCCACAGUCGAGGCACAGCACACCGCAUUCCCUCCGUUGAUCGUGCCUCUGAUCCCAGGAUAUAGCUCACAAGGCUAUCCACUCCCGACACCGCCGCCGCCGCCUCCACCGCCGCUCGUGCAAGAUUCCACCGGCUUCCAUUCGUCAUUGUCCGCGUACUCUUCCGCGUCUGACGCCUCCAGCUGGGCCUACGGCCUCCAAGGACCGUCUUCAUCGUCCUCCUAUUCGCUCCCGUCCCUAUCCCGCUCUUUGUCUUCCUCUCUGGUCACGGGCGUGGGCACGGGAAGCUCGUCAGGGCCGGGCACGACCGGCUCUUGGCAAACCGAUGCUGACGUCGAUAAUCCCUAUCGUACGUGGAGUGCGGACCCGCAGUAUGGUACGCUCGAUCCUCUGGGUCCUGCCCCCAUGCCCGCGUCGGCCAGCGGUUCCGGCGUGGAAUCUGCACUGCGGCAAACGGCGUCCGGGCAGUACCCGAACAUCGAGACACGCACCAACACAAGCUGGAACCAGGUAUCCACAUCUCAUACGACGGAGGCGUACAUAGUCACGCCGGCCGCCGCCGAGCCACCGUCGUCGGCCAGCCUGAUCGCAGGACCGCACAACCCGCCUUACGACCAGUCCAUGUAUGCAUCCGCGUCCUACUCCCAGCGCACGCCCCGCAGCUCGCACUCCUCCUCUUCACACGCCCAGCCUCCCCCAGCUCCCUCUUCGACGAUACCCCCGCUUCCGCGUCAUACAUAUACCCGCACGCUCGUCGGCCUGUUGGCUGCGAACGCGUGCCGCCUCCUCGACGAGCACCGCAAGCCGGGAAUCUUCUUCCUCUUCCAGGACCUGUCCAUUCGCACCGAAGGAACUUUCCGGCUGCGGCUGCGUCUCAUGAACAUCGGCGCCCCGUUCGAGACUGGCUCGACCGGUUCACCGCGCGUGCACACCAACGUGUCGCCCGUGCUCGCUCAGACGUUCACGGCGCCGUUCGUCGUGUACUCUGCCAAGCGCUUCCCCGGCGUCCCCGGCACCACAGCACUAUCGAUCGCAUUCGGAAAUCAAGGCCAGAAACUGCCUCUGCGGAAUCGCCACGGCUCGAGCAAGAACGGUCGCCGGAGGCGACGAGGCGACUCUUCCGACGACGAUUCUGACGACGGGACGUGAGGUGCGCGCGAGCGCGCGCCGCAGGACCCGUCUGCUUUUUUUUUCUUCCUUUUUUUUGUGUACGAUAUCAUUCGCUCGCGUACUGUCUGUUGCUGUUGCUGUCGCCGUUCGCCCUUCCCGUUCGCUUUUCACGUGUCCUGUACAUACAAGCCUCUGAGCACCCUCUUUCAUAUUAGAUGGGGGUUCAUCCGUCCGCCGACCCGCUCUCGUUCUCGUUCUCGGAUUCGAUUACACACACACUUGUGAAUUAAAAUACUAUUAGCCGCGCGAUUGUAUGCUCGCC